CUUGUCCAUCUUCAGUAAUGCCUGUGAUGUCACUUUGCCCUUUAAGUGUUGUCAUACCAUCUAUGGAAUCGGAUCUUCCAAUUGCAGAUGAUGAUAACAGAGUCAAAGAUAAUGUACCUGUGCUUCUUAUUGAGAGUCAAGUUGAAGUAAUGGAUAAAACUAAUGAUGAGAAAUAUUCUGUUAGUAAUCCUUCAGCUAGCAAAGAAGCAGUUGUCACUAGGAAACGCAAAGAAAGACGACCUUCUGGGGAAGAUUCUCUACAACGAUCAAGUUCAGAAGAAAGACCAUCACCUGGUUCAUUGGUAUCAUUGGAAAAAAUUGAGUUAUUACGUCGAUGCAGUAGCCAUGAGGAAAUGAUUGAUGCUCUUAAGACCAGCAAUACAGAAUUAGAUGUUUUAUAUCCUAAGAAAGUUUUGGAACGAAAUAUUCCAUUAAAUAUCGAUUCGUAUUUAUCUGGUUCUUUGGAAUUGGUUGUCAGUGAAAAGAAUCAUAGUCCCCAUCCACCAAAUGCUAAGAGACGUGAAGUGGAAAUAAAUAAAUCGGACCUAGAGCUGACAGUAUUACCUUGGCAUAAUGCAAGUCAUGCAAAUGUCAGUGAAAACAGUUCUAGCUCUGCCAGUGAGAAAUCUCCAUGUCCUGAGAAGGUUAUUAAUUAUGGGUCAAUGCAAAAUUCCUUUGCUGAAUUAACUGAUGUAAAUACUAUGGAGUUUGAUGUAGCUGGGCAGGAAAAUGAGGUUGAAAAUGAAGAUUCCGAUAGAAAUACAGAAGUGGAUGAAUUUCAAGAAAGUAGGAAAGCUCGAAUUCCAAGAUCAGCAAGUUGUCCAGUACCAGGAGCUGAUAGUGAAGGAACUUCAGAAUCUGAAAAUAAUUCCCUGUCAUUGAGUUGGAGUAUGCUUUUUGAGUCUGAGGAUUCUGAGCCUGUCCGUUCCGAGCAUCAUUCAAGCUGGCCUAUGAUGAAGGAUGCUCAGGAUGAUGAUGCUUUACUCUCUCCCUCUGUACAAAGCCUUCGCAAAUCAAAUUUCUAUGAAGCUCCAUUAUCACCAAGUGCAUAUAGAAGCUACUUAUCAUACAGAAGUACUCAUUUGGAUCCCAGUGUACCUCCAUCACCUCCUGUUGAGCAAGAGGAUUUUGUUAAGAAUUUGAUUGAAAGCAGUGCUGUGUCUGAUUCCAUCAAGCAACUUACAAAGAAAAUUCACAGUAUUAAAAAACGAAUCAGAAAAUUUGAUGAAAAAUUUGAAGCUGAAUUUGGAUAUAAGCCUUCUCAUGCAGAAAAAGCUAAUAAUUCAGAAGCAAAGAAGUUAAUGAAUGAUUUAUAUAAAGCUAGAAAAGAAUUAAAAGCUUUAAAAGAAGAAUCUCAUCUUGAACAUGUGAGUUCGGCAUCCAGUUGGCAUGCAACCAGAAGUUCUCACAUUUUAGGUGAUACAACAAACCACUUUCAGAAAGCCACCAGUAAAGGAGCAAAACCCUCAGUAGAAGAUUCAUUUGGUGUCACAAUGAAGUCUUUGGCUGAUGACAGAAAAACUGCAAACAGGCCAGAGAACGUAGAGGCCAUGACCACAGAUCAAGUUAAAGAUGAAAAACUUGCAAUACAAAAAGCAUUGUUACAUUUUGAAAGUAUUCAUGGGAAGCCAGCUGCUAAAGAUGAUCGCAAUACCAUCAGGCCACUGUAUGAUCGAUAUCGCAACAUCAAAAGAUUGCUCGUGAGAUCUGGCUCAUUUCCAGGAGCAGUGUCCAAAAAUAAAGACUUAUGCAGUGAACUACAGCCCAUCUUGGAGCAUGAAACCAUGGAUUUUACCUCUCCUCAAAAUCGUUCUCUUACAGAAGAACAUGUUGAGAAAACUGAAAGUCAUGAAAAUGCAGACGUUAGAAAGGGUGAAGAAAAAUUGAGUGAAAUUAUAAUAAAAGAUGAUUUUCAUAAAGGCACAUCUAGUUCACAGUUUUUAGCAUCGAAGUAUGAUAAUUCAAAUGUACAUGAGCUGCCUUUGUAAGUACUUUCUCUUUAUUUUCUUUAAAGUUAA